UGCCGUACGAACAGUUACCCACAGCUAUCUGUGGCAGCAAUAUCGCUAGUGCACUAAAUCAAGUUAAGCUUUUCGUAAAUAAAUUACGACAAUUGACAAUUUGAAAUAACAUUUGUGCGCCAUGGAAUAUUCGACGUUACUGUUAUCAAUUGUGCUCGGUGCACUUGGCAUUUAUUAUUUGUUUAAAAAUUACAAUUUCUUUAAAAGACACGGUGUUAUUCAGUAUGAACCAUCUAUUCCAAUACUAGGUUCCAUGGCACCAGUUGUAUUUCGUCGAAUAUCAUUCAUCGAAUUUAUGAACAAGGUGUAUAAUUCUAUUCCAGACGCAAAAUACUUUGGAUUUUUUGCCACGACGAACCCAGUUUUUUUGCUUCGCGAUCCAGAAAUCAUUAAAUCUGUUCUUGUAAAAAAUUUCGACACGUUUCCAGAUCGUCGCGGUUUUGAUGAGUUGAACGAACCCUUGCUUGCCAAAAAUCUAUUUUCUCUUCGUGGGCAAAAGUGGCGGGACGUGCGAACUCUAUUAAGUCCCUCUUUUACAUCCAGUAAGAUGAAGAUGAUGUUCACUUUGAUGUCGGAAUGUGCUACAGACUUUGCUAAAUUUUUAGCGUCUGCAAGGGAAAAAAGCGACAUGGACAUGAAAGACGCCUUCACAAAAUAUACGAAUGAUGUCAUCGCUACCUGUGCUUUUGGAAUUAAGAUUGAUUCUAUGAAGAAUCCAACGAACAAGUUUUAUGUUUCUGGUAAAGAGACGACUAAUUUCUUAGCAACUCGCACCUUCAGAUUUUUUUUUCUUAGAACUUUUCCGUCGCUUGGACGAAUUCUCAAUAUAAAGCUUAUAGACAAUCAUGUGUCGGGUUUCUUCAAGGACAUUAUAAAAACUACAAUCGCCACUCGUGAUGCUGAAAACAUUACGCGUCCGGAUAUGCUCCAAUUGAUGAUGGAUAUUAGAAGUAAAGAAGGUCGAAGAGAACUUGAUAUCGACGACAUGAUCGCACAAGCGUUCAUCUUUUUCUUCGGUGGCUUUGAUACUAGCUCAACCGCAAUGUCCUUUGCAGCCCUCCAACUUGCGGCUCAUCUAGAUGUGCAGAUGAAAUUGCGACAAGAAAUCGACAAGGUUCUGGAAGAGUCAAACGGAGAAGUGACUUAUGAAGCUCUUAAUAAGCUCGAAUAUUUAGAUUUGGUGAUAAACGAGGUUCUCAGAUUAUAUCCGCCAGUCAUCUUUUUAGAAAGAUUAUGCGACAAAGAUUAUGAAUUACCACCCGCAUUACCAGGCGAGAAGCCUUGCAUUAUGAAGAAGGGUAUGAAUUUUUGGAUUCCAGUUUUCGCGAUUCAUCAUGAUCCAAAGUACUACGAUGAUCCGGAAAAGUUUUGUCCUGAAAGAUUUGUAGACAACAAGAUGUAUCACAAUUCUGCGUGUUAUAUGCCAUUUGGAUUAGGGCCGAGAAUGUGUAUAGCCAACAGAUUUGCCAUGCUAGAGUUGAAAGUUUUACUAUUUCACCUAUUAGCACGAUGCGAGUUGAGACCUUGCGCGAAAACUAUAUUGCCAAUAGUAAAAUUUGAAAAAGGUAUAUUAAUAGUACCGGAAGGAGGAUUUUGCAUUUAUUAUCUGUUUAAAAAUUACAAUUUCUUCAAAAGACACGGUGUCAUUCAGUAUGAAUCAUCUAUUCCAAUACUAGGUUCCAUGACACCAUUUGUAUUUCGUCGAAUAUCAUUUAUCGAAUUUAUGAACAAGGUGUACAAUUCUAUUCCAGACGCAAAAUACUUUGGAUUUUUUGCCACGACGAAUCCGGUCUUUUUGCUUCGCGAUCCAGAAAUCAUUAAAUCUGUUCUUGUAAAGAAUUUCGACACAUUUCCAGAUCGUCGCGGUUUCGAGGGUUUAAACGAACCCUUGCUCGCCAAAAAUCUAUUUUCUCUUCACGGACAAAAGUGGCGGGACGUGCGAACUCUAUUAAGUCCCUCUUUUACAUCCAGCAAGAUGAAGAUGAUGUUCACUUUGAUGUCGGAAUGCGCUAUAGACUUUGCUAAAUUUUUAGCAUCUGCAAGGGAAAAAAGCGACAUGGACAUGAAAGACGCCUUCACUAAAUAUACGAAUGAUGUCAUCGCUACCUGUGCUUUUGGAAUUAAGAUUGAUUCUAUGAAGGAUCCAACGAACAAAUUUUAUGUUUCUGGCAAAGAGGCGACUAGUUUCUUUGGAACUCGCAGCUUCAAAUUUCUUUUUCUUAGAACUUUUCCGUCGCUCGGACGAAUUCUCAAUAUAAAGCUUAUAGACAAUCAUGUGUCGGGUUUCUUCAAGGAUAUUAUAAAAACUACAAUCGCCACUCGUGAUACUGAAAACAUUACGCGUCCGGAUAUGCUUCAAUUGAUGAUGGAUAUUAGAAGUAAAGAAGGUCGAAGAGAACUUGAUAUCGACGAUAUGAUCGCACAAGCGUUCAUCUUUUUCUUCGGUGGCUUCGAUACUAGCUCAACCGCAAUGUCCUUUGCAGCCCUCCAACUUGCGGCUCAUCUAGAUGUGCAGAUGAAAUUGCGACAAGAAAUCGACAAGGUUCUGGAAGAGUCAAACGGAGAAGUGACUUAUGAAGCUCUUAAUAAGCUCGAAUAUUUAGAUUUGGUGAUAAACGAGGUUCUCAGAUUAUAUCCGCCAGUCAUCUUUUUAGAUAGAUUAUGCGACAAAGAUUAUGAAUUACCACCCGCAUUACCAGGCGAGAAGCCUUUCACUAUGAAGAAGGGUAUGAAUUUUUGGAUUCCAGUUUUCGCGAUUCAUCAUGAUCCAAAGUACUACGAUGAUCCGGAAAAGUUUUGUCCUGAAAGAUUUUUAGACAACAAGAUGUAUCACAAUUCUGCGUGUUAUAUGCCAUUUGGAUUAGGGCCGAGAAUGUGUAUAGCCAACAGAUUUGCCAUGCUAGAGUUGAAAGUUUUACUAUUUCACCUAUUAGCACGAUGCGAGUUGAGACCUUGCGCGAAAACUGUAUUGCCAAUAGUAAAAUUUCAAAAAGGUAUAAUAAUGGUACCGGAAGGAGGAUUUUGGUUGAGUGUUCAACCCAGAAGCGAUAUCCAUCCUUCUCUUAAAUCUAGAAUGGAUAACGGUGCUAAGCCUUAGAAAACAUUUUAAGUAAUAGUAACUAGAAAGUUUUAAUAAGAGAUAUGAUACUUAAUGAUGAAAGCCGUAACAUUCUUGUAACAUAAUGCAUUAAGUCUUUUCUAUAUUUUUUAAUAUAUAAUUU